AUGACAGCAUCAAGACCAGAAUCGAGGAGGAGGAGAAGGACUCUCCUUAAAGGAGCAGUCCUCAGUCCCCAGUCCCUUAAAGGAGCAGUCCUCAGUCCCCAGUCCCUUAAAGGAGCAGUCCCUAGUCCCCAGUCCCUUAAAGGAGCAGUCCCUAGUCCCCAGUCCCUUAAAGGAACAGUCCUCAGUCCCCAUCCCCAGUCCCUUAAAGGAGUAGUCCCUAGUCCCCAGUCCCUUAAAGGAGCAGUCCCUAGUCCCCAGUCCCUUAAAGGAGCAGUCAUCAGUCCCCAGUCCCCAGACCAGUCCUCAGUCCCCAGUCCCCAGUCCCUUAAAGGAAUAGUCCCUAGUCCCCAGUCCCUUAAAGGAGUAGUCCCCAGUCCCCAGUCCCUUAAAGGAGCAGUCCUUAGUCCCCAGUCCCUUAAAGGAGCAGUCCUCAGUCCUCAGUCCCUUAAAGGAGCAGUCCUCAGUCCCCAGUCCCUUAAAGGAGUAGUCCCUAGUCCUUAA